AUGCAAGUGUACAUCUUCGAUAUCGCUUCCAUCACCGCCAUCCUUGCGUGCGCCAAGAGUACACCAGUCGUGUCAGAAGCUGUCGCUGACUUACGUCCGGUCCUGACUGCCGCUACAGACGACGACGCCCUCGCUGAGAGGAGGUCGAGGCCUGCCAAAAUGGAUACCGGUGAAGAGAGGAUGUACGAGCUUCCCGUAUCAAUAGCGGAUGGGGUUCUUGUACCAUUCGUGAACACAGCCUUUAAGGAGAUGGAACCGGUGCUACAAAGGCUGCGUACUGAACCUGUUAAGAAACAGGAGAAGAUUACAGUUGCUGCGGCGCCUCAAAAAUCUGUUGCAGACUCUUCCAGCAAGGAAAUCUCAAAGCAACUAGCUGGUUCCGGUCACAAAAAUUGGGUGGAUCGAGCUGCGAACCUGGUACAAAUGAAGGGUCUUUUUCCUCAAGUCGAACUCUCCCUCAUGUUCAAAAACUUGGAGGCUUACAAGAUAUCUCCGGAGCAGAUUGUUCAAGAUCUGCAGCUUAAGCUCGAUACAGUGGAGUUACUAGCACGUUACUUCAAGCACUUGAACCACCCUCUGAGCAAUAAAAGAUCUUUGCUGGCGUAUCAUAGGAAGGAGCGGGGCAACGCAGGACCGGACAAUGUUACGAAGAAACUGAUGGAUGAUAUCAAAGCCUUGGAGAAGAAGGAUACCGAAGCACUGUUCCAGUUGCUGGGGAAGCGAUACGGGCUUCUGGAUGUGCGCUCCUUCCUGUCCCGAAGUGCUCUUGGUAAACAAGGCGGUAAAUUGGUAAAAGAUCUGCUGGCGCGAUUCUGGCCGACUGAAAUAUCAACAAUUUCGAAACCACAGGCGAUGCCGGAACGUGAACGUACGAUGCUACGAAAAGAGGAUGGAGAACAGCUUGUUGAGCACCCGAACGAGAUUGGAGACAGGUACAAACGGGAAACACAGUCCAGGUACAAGGCAAAAUCGUCAAGGAAGUAUUGA